AUGACCCCCAACAGCCAUUACACGCACUAUAACCACGCCCCUCUCCUCACGCAAGCUCCCGCCAAUUCACCCCACCUCACGGGGCUUCUCCGCCCGCAUAUCAAGUCCGCAAGAAAACUCACAGAACACAACAACCUACCCCCACCCCUUCCACUCCCUCACAUCAACACCGACAAUAUGGCAGACGGCGGAGCUCCCCCAGGCCAAGUAAACCUGGCAACAUUGAGCGUGCCCCAACUCCGCUCACUCCAAACGCGCCUAACAUCGGAACUGGAACACCUCACAACAUCACACACGAAGCUGCGCGCCGCACAGGCCAAGUUCCGCGACUGCAUGCGCUCCAUCACCGACGGGGUCACAGGUUCCAAGGAUAAGGGCACUGAGGGUCGCGAGGAGAUUCUCGUCCCGCUGACCAGCUCGUUGUAUGUCAAGGGACGGUUGACGGAUCGGGAGAAGGUCCUUGUUGAUGUCGGUACUGGGUUCUAUAUCGAGAAGACAGCCCCCAAGGCGAUUGCUUUUUACGAAGACAAGGUCAAGGGCUUGGAUGCCAACCUGCAGGAACUAGAGAAGAUUGUUUCUGGAAAGAGUCAGCAGCUGCGUGUUGUUGAGGAGGUUCUCCGACAAAAGAUGCUUGCUGGUGAAGCGCCUGCACAGCCGGCUGCUGCGAGUGCGUAA